AUGCCACACUUGGUCGCAUCCUUUGGGUUCGUGCUAUCAGCAGUCAUUCUUGUAAUUGCACUGCUGCUCUCUGCGUGGUUCUUACUGGGAAAAAAUGGCAGAUCUAGUUUGCUAGGAGCCGUAGGAAGUACGAGUACAAGGGACACUGUUGUAAUAGCUGGGCCAUCUGGAUCUGGAAAAACUGCACUGUUUUACAAGCUUACUGGCCAUCGGUCUAUUGAAACAUGCGUAUCUAUGCAGGAAAAUGUAGCACCGCUUGCAAACAAUAUGUUGAAUACAAAACUUGUUGAUAUUCCAGGUCAUUUAAGAUUACGGUUCAAGUUUAAUACAUUUUUGCCCAGCGCAAAAGGGAUCCUGUUUGUUGUGGAUUCAUCCCAACUUCGCAAAGAAGACAUACUGCGUUCAACAUCAGAGUACCUCUAUGAUGUUCUUACAAAUAAUACCACCUUGAAUAGCGAAUUGCCAGUACACAUCCUGUGCAACAAGAAUGAUGUGAUUUUAUCACUUACACCUGCACUUGUAAAGAGCAUGCUGGAACAAGAAAUUAACCAAUUACGCAAAGCACGAAGCUCUGGCAUUGCUGCUCAAUCUGAAGGGGAUGAGGAUGUAGCAUAUUUAGGACACGAGGAAGAUUUCAAAUUUGAACAUCUUUCCAACGAGGUUACGUUUGCAUCAAUCAGUUGCAAACCGAUAUCGGCUGAACAAGACAUAGACAAUUCGACUGACUCCAACAAAAAUAUAGACGAUGUGCAGAUGGUGUUUGAAACGAUUGCAGAGUGGUAA